GCGGUGGCUUGAGCCCAGCGCUGACACAGUGCUGUGGAGAUAGGUUUGGCUAUUCGAGUCUACACAAGUUUUUGUUUAUGUCAGAGUUUUAGUGGAUCCUCACUUCUUCGAACUACUGCUACUUCUACUUCUCACAACAACAACAAUAAUAAUGAAUACUCCGCUAAACUCUUGUACAAAUCCUGCUACAUUGACGAGGCGGGAGCGAAGCUAUCCCCUACAAGGACCCAUGAAGUGCCGGUAGUUUCGGAUGCUUUUAUCCGGCACCAAGCACUCAAAACAAACCGGUGACGUGUAGGUCACGUGUUUUCCUGCAAACUGGUACAAGCCUCGAAGCGGGGUUUCAUCUGGCACGCCUGUCCAUACUCAGUGCACGCCUCGCUACAAAUGUCCAACCAGUAUCGCUCGGUCGAGUUGUAAUCACAAAUGGAUUCUAAUAGUAAGGUUUCUGGACCCUUGACACGGUCGACCAGGCAGUCAGCCUUUAAAGCACUGAGUUUUGAGCCGACCCCCAGGAUCCCUCUGAAGAGGACCAAAAGGCACUUAGAAAACCAAGCUCCUGUUGCAGCUGUUAACGGUUCCAAAGAUAAGGAAAAUGGAUCGGAGGAUGAUGAGUCACCGAGCAAGAAGAGCCGGCUGGAGACUGGAGAAGCAGUGGGCGGCAGUGGUGAUGAGAUCGAGAUGGAUGUCCAGGAAUCAGCUGAAGAUGAGGAUGACAAUGAAGAGCAGGAAAUGGAUAUGCAGAGGCAGGAUUCCUCUCAUGUCACUCAUCGACACAAAAUAUUCCAAGGUGCCAGUGGAGAUGUGAAUUUGUUCCCUCGUGUAGUGCUCCGUGAACGCUGCAGAUCUGGUCAUGCUGUAAAUGAAGAUGCAGAAUGGAUAAAAACCAAGACGGUAAAACUAUCAACCAAAGAACCUGCAACCCCCACCAAGUCUGCCAUUCAAAGCAAACCACUGGCAAACAGACAUCAUGCUCCAAUUACCAGCAUGGAGGAGUACAGGAAGAAGAUGGAGGACAAAGCCAAGAGUGCUGAUAAACCCAGAGUUAAGUACCAUACCGGAAGCAUGUAUCCAGCCUCAGAGAAAGCUGUCACAAAGCAACAAUAUUUGAAUAACAUUAAAAAGGAAAUUGUUCAGCAAAAGAAACAAGAUAAAGGGAUGAAGAAAACUGCCAAAAUCAAGACAAGCUCUGGAUAUUCUUGUAGUGGAUUCAUGUGGAACUUAUGGUGUUUGCUCCUCCUGGUGCUGCUCAGUUCUGCUACCUUGCUGGUAUACAAGAAAAUCCCUGCGCUCCAAAGGAUCACAGAUCCUGGGGGGCAUUUACUCAGGGCUGUGAAGCCAGAAACAUUUGCAGAUCAGUUUUCUCUUCUUGAGGCUCAGUUCCCCAGUCAGCGGACUGAGUUGUGGAAGAGAAGCAAGAUACACCUGGAGAGGCACCUCAAAACAGCCCAGCCCACAGAGCCAGUGAGUCUGAUCUUCACUGCUGGCAGCAAGGCUAACAAGACGCUGCGCUGCCUGGCUCAGGGCCUGGCCUCCUCCUUCUCGUCUGCCCUCAAUGCCUCCGUCCUCGACAUCAAUGGAGCCAGCAAAGCCGGCCAGGACAGCGAUGACGUUAAGCUGGACAUUGACAGCCAGCUGAAAGCCGCCUUUGAAGGUAAUAAACCUGUGGCAGUCAUUCAUCACCUCGAGGAGCUGCCUCCAGGCUCUACCCUCAUUUUUUAUCGCUACUGUGACCAUGAGAGCGCUGCAUACAAGCGGGUGUUCUUGUUGUUUACUGUGCUACUGCCGCAAGAUGAGAUCAGCAGUGACAGGUGUCUGAAGGAUGUGGAGGAGAUGGUGCAAGACUAUGUUAAGGAGAGGCUAGUGGGCUCCAGCAGCCAAACCUCCUUCAAUGAGAUGGACACUGACAAGUACGGUGGACUGUGGAGCCGAAUCUCUCACCUUAUCUUGCCUGUGGUGUCUGAGCAGGAAGUAGAGCAGAAAGGAUGCUGAUGAACCAAGCUGGCAUCCCAGAAUUAGGAUGCCACUUUGGACCAGCCUGAUCCUUCUUGGUAAUGUGCAGGAGCUAUGAAACAGUGAAGUAAUAUGAAAAUAACGUGUGUGCUGUGAUGUUUCACAUAUAGACUUGAUUUCAAAUGUUUGAAAGUUAUAUUAAUUUAUCUCUGUCACAGAUGAUUCUCAAACUGCAGUCCAAUGUCUGAUUCAAUUUAACUGCUCAAAAUGUUUGGCACAGUUUUUAAAUGUGUGAACAUGUACAGGCUUUGCAUUAGGAACAGUAACAAUGGUGUUGCACCAUCAUUCCACUUUCAAAGAAGGGUAUUCGAUGCAUAUUCUCAUGCAGAUUUAACAAAACGACAUAUACGAAAUAGAGAGCACUGUGUUCAGCUGCUUUUUAAUGGACAUUUCCAGUCUCCAAAAAAAGAGUUUCUGCUGAAUGAUGAGCUUGGAUUACACUGGGUCCUUCUUUGGAGCUAAUUAAAGAAAUUUUUCCUUUUCCUGUUUCUUGUUUUGUACCAAAUCUCAGAGACCACUGUUCGCUUGCUUUAUACUUCUGUGUAACAUCCCCAUUUGCAUUUCAUUAUUUUGUGAUUUGAUUUUGCACUAAAAAUGUUUGACUUUUCAUUAACCAGCCAUCUUAUCAAUAGUACUGGCUUUUAAUAAGAUAAAUAUUUUAUAUUCUUUGUUUUUUUGUGAAUGUGUAUAUUUGUGAUAAAAUGUCUUUUUCCAAG